AUUAUUCGAGUAUUUUUGUUUACUCCUGGACACGUCAAAAAAUCGAACAGCGGACAGAUUUUUUUGGAGAAAAAUGCUUUUGUUUGAGUAAUUUUAGCAGAAUUCCAAUAUUCAUUGCAUACUUAAAACAUAGAUUAAUAAUAUGGCAUCCGCAACGGUCCCACUUCUGGAUGAUACUGUUCCAUUCGGAGACGAGGAAGAUCUAAAUCAAAAUGGAUCAACAUCCAAAAGACUAUCCCAUCCGUACGUCACCUUCUUUCAUGUGUUUUUCCGUGGAGCUGCCCUAGCCACGUACUUGUUUUGGGGUUUGUUCAACGAUUCCUUCAUUAAAUGCUUCCUGUUGGUGGUGUUCUGGCUAUCGGCCGAUUUCUAUCUGGUCAAGAAUUUAAGCGGCCGAUUACUCGUGGGAAUGCGCUGGUGGAAUUAUGUCUCGGACGAUGGACGCUCUCACUGGGUUUUUGAAUCACGAAAGGGCGAUCCGAGCGAAAUCCGCAUCAACGCUCAUGAGGCAAGGAUUUUCUGGACGGCACUGGUAGUGUGUCCGGUGUUGUGGGCGUUGUUCUUCGUGGUGGCAUUGUUCGGAUUUAAAUUCAAAUGGAUGCUUCUAGUCAUGAUUGCCCUCUCACUGAACGGAGCUAAUCUGUAUGGUUACAUCAAAUGUAACUUCGGAGCUAGCGCAAAUUUGAGCACAACAACAACCGAUUUCGUUAAGAGUCAAAUGUUAAAGAACGCCGUGAAUCUAAUGACGCAACCAAGUAGCAGUAACAGUCAAGCACCCAAAACCACUACGGUAGCUUAGGAAAAUGUUUUAACAGUCAAAUAAAAUAAUGUAUCAUUCCCAGCAAA